AUGUCUGGAAGAAGCGAAGAAACUUACGCUGCUGCGGAGAGCCCCGCCACUAAUGUGCCGCGGGGGCAGCGGCGGGCGAGGUCGGGGCCCGCCAGCGACUCGCAGCAGCCCCCUGCGCGGCGCCGAAGGCAGGAGGGAGCAGCGCCGCUGCCGCCACGGUGGACGCGUCACAGCAUGGUGAGAGAGUUACUGCUGGCGGGAGCAGGUCACACCACUGAAAUCAAGCUGAAUGACUUCCUCCGCAGGGAAUUGGGCGGCAGAGGCGUCGUGGAGGCCAAUGGGAAUGUCUCUCUUAAGAGUUUUGUUGCGCGACCCGGGGCAUUUAUUACGAAUGAGAACGAUCUGCGCCUAAUACUGGCGUCGCCGUCUUACACGGCUAUAAAGGAAGAACUUGAAGAUGAAAACAAACUCCGUGAGGAUGGAAACAAGCUUGUGGAUCACGGCGUGUGCGUUCUCUGGGAAUGGGGGGAAUUUGAACAGAAGGAUAUCGUUUCAGAUGCGGUUCGGGAAAAACUCGACGCAGCCCUUGACGCGGCGGAGGAGGCCGAAAGGAAAAAGCGGGAGGAAGAAGCAGCAGCACAGAGGGCAUUGUACGAGUCGGUGUACAAUGCGAGGUGGAGCCACGUCGUGGAGGUUCCGGGCGGUGACGGGUUGGGAAUGGAGGUGCGGGAGGGCAAGCCGCGGCAGUGGUGGGAGUUCGAGCUGGGUGGCCAUACUCUUUUGCCGGCGGACGCCGCAGCGCAGUUUGCCCCGCCCCGCCCCAGGCUGAUGGUGCUGAGCUCGGAAAGGGGCUGGCCGUUCUCGUGGCGCAGGAAAGAGUUUCUGCCCGACUGCUACGUCACCGCCGAGGUGGAGCGGGUGUGGCAGUUUGUCAAGGCCGACCUGACCGGACUGUUUUCCAGCGGUGAAAGUAGAAGCGGUCCGAGAAACCGUGUUCUGCUUGGGAUGCCGGGUAUCGGGAAGUCGAUGGCCGCCGGCUCCUACCUCCUCUACCAGCUGCUGCACCACGACGCCGAGGAACUCGGCGCGGUGGCGUACUUCGUUGCGGACCGGGCCUUCCUGUUUGACAAGACCGCCCAAACAGUGGCCAGGUUUGAGGACCAGCAGAGAGCCCUGGGUGCCAUGGGGCAACUAUCUGGGCGUGGAAUAAAAGGGUAUGCCAUCUACGACUUGGCGAAGGAGGGGAAAAUACCGUACUCUAGCCCAUGGACCUUGUUCGUCUUGUCAGCCCCAUACGAAGAGAACUACAAGUCCUGGAAGAAACAAAAAGGCGCCUUUGACUUCGUCAUGAACUGCCCCGACGAGGGCGAUGUGAAGGCGAUGUGCGCGUGGAGGGAGCGUGGCCGGCCCGCGCAGGAGCAGGCGGAGCACUGGGGCCGGGUGAGGGAUUUCAUCGCCCACGUGGGACCGAUUCCCCGGCUUCUCUUCAGAGAAGGCGACUACAAAUCACGCUGGGAGUUGGUUGAGCGCACCGUGGAGUGCUUCACCCCCGCAGAUUACUUGGGGUACUUCAGAGAGACCAUAGAUGGCGUAUGGCACACUCAGCACCCGCUUCAGCCCCUCGCGAAGGCGGUCCGGCUGGUGUCAGAGCUUGGAUUUGAUGGCUUUCAGAACGUUCCGGUUUCCCCCGUGGUGAGGGGGAAAAUAUUGGUUCGAGUGGCGAAGACCAUGCGAUCGCCAGGUGGCUUCGAGUCCCUGAUGAGAAAUCCUGUCGGAGGACUGCCGGCGUUUCUGGAGGCGUACGGCGCGUGCGCAUUCAUGUAUUGGGGUUUUGUGUGGAGGAUGCACGACAAGCUCAGCGAGCUGCGGCCCCCGACGGGACGUGAGCCGGUGCCCUGCGUGCUGCACGUGGACCCGCAGAUGCUCCCCACGGACGCGGUUGCGCUGCUGCCGAAGUUGUUUCAUCCCGCGAAGGUGGACGCAAAGUACCGGGUACUGUACGUGCCGGGGGUCGAAAACUUUCCGCUCGUGGACGCCUUUUUCUUCGUUGAGGCGCCGCGGAGGACGAUGGUUGGGCUGCAGACGACCACGGCGAAGGCGCGCCACGUUGCAAGCAGCACUGUGAGGCAUUUCAACGAUCAGCUGGCGGGGUUUUUUAACGGCUGGGAGGCGUUUGCCGCGGACUUGUCAUGGGAGAUUAUUUACGUGCAGCACGCAGGGAGCACGCCAGCAGCUGGCUGGAAGAGAUGUGACGUCGUCGAGCCACUGACUGAGGCGCAGCGCGGAGCGGAGGAGGCCGCUGCGGGGUUUUGGAACCAGCAUGUGCGCCAGUACCGCGUGGUGGUGUCCGGCGCCGACGUGCGUGCGGCGCGCGGCCAAGAAGGAGAGGCCGUCGAAAUUCCCGCACGUGUGCUCUGGGCCAUGGCCUUCCCUGGGGUUCAAAUGAGGCUGUGA